AUGGUGUCGGAAUUACCGUUCGGCGGUAAAACCAUGCCGUUCGCCGGUGACUUCAGACAGAUAUUGCCCGUGGUCCGGAGAGGGACGAGAGCCGAUAUCAACAUGUCGUCGAUCAAGGAAAACGGUCUUUGGAGCGUCAUGGAGGGCUUCAAUCUGGUGCAGAACAUGUGCGCGGGCAACGACGCGGACUUUGCAUCUUGGUUGCUUCAGCUCGGCAACGGCCAACUGCCCGCGGUCGACGGCGUUCCAGACACCGUGCAAAUCCCGCGGGAAAUGGUAUGCGACGUCGCUGAUUUAAUCGAUUUCGUGUAUCCGCAGCAAAUGUCGUUGGCCAACGUCAAAGAAUUUGCUCGGAGAGUCGUCGUGUGUCCCACCAACGAAGGGUGCAGAUGGGUCAACGGGGACGUGCUAGAGCGCGUCGACGGUCGAGAGAUGACCUACACCGGCGUCGACACCGUGAUGGCGGACGAGGCCGACGAAGUGGCCAAUUUCCCCACAGAGUUCCUCAACGAUUUGGUACGGGAUGGCAUUCCACCGUUCCGGCUGACACUGAAGGUGGGGUUACUCAGAAAUCUGGAUCCGAGGAGACGACUGUGCAACGGUACGAGGUUGGUGGUCACCGAACCGCAGACUCACAAUUUCAUGGCGAGAAUUUUGGGCGGUGACGCACAGGACGACGACAUCGUCCUGCCCAAGAUACCGCUCACGUCCAGCGGUGAGGACGACCUACCCAUGCCACUGCGGCGCCUUCAAUUCCUGGUGAGGUUGUCGUUCGCCAUGACCAUCAACAAGUCGCAAGGUCAGACGUUCGACAGGGUAGGUUUGCUACUGACGUCGCCCCCGUUCACUCACGGGCAGCUGUACGUAGUGUUUUCGAGGGUGAGAAACGCACAGUCCGUGAGAGUCGACAUGUACGCCGAUGACAAUGAGCGAUUCCUCACCAAGAACAUUGUGUACAGGGAAGUUCUGUAA